GAUUUCCGUAGGUUUCUUGAACCCUUAAACAUCCGCAGCCGCUCGCGGGAAAUGGAUGCGGCCGCCACGGACUGCCUCUCUCUGGAGAUCAACCUGAUCUCUGCUCAGGGCCUCCAGCCGCCAGGCGGCAACCGUCGCUUGCAGGCCUACGCUGUCAUCUGGAUCGACUCCUCCAUCAAGCUCCGCACACUGGUCGACCGCGUCGGCGGCGAGAACCCCACCUGGAACGAUAAGUUCCUCUUCCGCGUCCACCCGAGCUUCCUCGCCUACGAUUCCCCCUGCGCCUACUCCGUCGAGAUCUACGCCGCCGGUGGAUGGUACCUGCCCGACUCCCUCGUCGGAUCCGUCCGCUUCCUCGUCGGCAACCUCCGCCUCCUCUCCCGCCACAGCGACCGCCCCGUCUUCGACGCCGUUGGCAUCCGCCGGCCAUCCGGCCGAUUCCAAGGCGUCCUCAACGUCGGCGCCGCCGUCCUCGGGAGCGUCCCCGCGGUCGCCGCCCGGGCGCUCGCCAUCCGCCCCGCGAUCGGCUACCGCAGCCUCAUGGCUGAGUGGGGUGGGCCGAAGGCCAAGAAACGCCGCCCGCUGAGGGAGCGGAACAAGGCGUCGUCGUCGUCCGCAUCUUCGGUGGCGUCGUCGGACGAGGAGAGGGCGGCCGAGGACGCCGACGCGGCGUUCUGCGGGCCGUGCGUGCUGAGUUUCCCGAGGCGGCUCCAUCCCGCCCGGAAUCUUGAUCCCAUCCCGUGGGCCACCGAGAACUCAAGCAGUCAACCCUCGCCCCCAUGGACGGCCGAGAUAUCUCGAUCCUGACUCCCUUCCACCCGAUC